UUCUCCAACCGAAGAGCUCUCAGUUCUCGCACGAGUUAAUGAAUCAGCUGUGCCACUCUUCCAAGUCUUAUUCUCCGCCACCUUAUCUGACAUUCCUCUCACCCUAGGGUUAAUAUUAUAAUUGAUCGUACGAGUGAAUACUGUCGACCUUUUUUUUUUUCAUUAUUUUAAAUUCUCGACGUGUUUAAUCACACAACCUUCCGCCAUGCCAUUAAACCUAUUAACUACUGAAGUUCUGCUCUUACUACUUUGUCAAAGUUGCUUCUCUUCUCAUAACCAACAAUAUGCCGGGACUGCUGACCUGGCUCAGGUGUUAACCAACAGUUUAAUGGAGCACCACAGUUUCGCCGAUUUUCAAACAUUCUCUCAAUUCUUGAACGGGGAGGGUGGAGAUUCCUGGAAACCCCAUUCAUUGUUUCCUCGUUCAAUAACGAGCUGGAAGUGGACUAAACGAAACGCCAAGUUGAACUACACGUGGCCAGUGAAACGAGUGGCCGAAGUAGAAGGGGACAUUAUUCUUGGUGGGCUCAUGAUGGUGCACGAGCGGGAAGACACCCAAAUCUGUGGACCAAUCAUGCCUCAGGGUGGAAUUCAAGCACUGGAGUGCAUGUUGUACACCAUCGACUGGGUGAAUAACCAGGAAGGCUUUCUACCGGGGAUUACUCUUGGGGCUUACAUUCUUGACGACUGCGACAAAGACACUUACGGUCUAGAACAAGCAGUUGACUUCAUCAAAGGGUCUAUUCGCAACAUUGACGACAGCAACUACCGAUGUCCAGAUGGCUCGAGUCCUGUUAUUCGACAAAAAAUUAUAUCAGGAGUGCUUGGGGCGGCCUCUAGCGUCACUUCUAUACAAGUCGCAAACCUGCUUCGACUCUUUAAGAUUCCUCAGGUGAGUUUCUUCUCCACAAGUCCGGAACUGAGCAACAAGCAGAGAUUCGAAUACUUCCUUCGAACUGUACCAUCAGAUACUAACCAAGCUCAGGCGAUGGUCAAAAUAGUUAAGAUCCUCAACUGGACCUACGUCUCAAUCUUGUACGAAGAAUCUACUUACGGAAUUAAAGUGAGUUAA